CUCCCUCUCUCCGUCCCUCCCUCUCUCCUAGUCAUGUUUCCUCAAGCUGCAGAACGGACUAUCUGUGCACCCUCCUCCCCUGCCUCUUCUUCCCCUCUCACAGUCCCCCUUCCAUCUCUCUCCCUCCCUCUCUCCUAGUCAUGUUUCCCCAAGCUGCAGAUGGUUACUGUCCAAGGAGGAUACUUUUUCUGCAGAGAAGAGAGACUAGGACAGUCAGAGGCUGUUGUCCGGGCAACAACUUCUUCACAUCCUCACCAAAGCUGCCUUGAAGAAUCACCAUGAAAGAAAGCUAUUCCGGAUACGAGAACCAGCUCUUUAAAGAGGAUGAUCUUACUGGGGAGGAAGAAGAGAUGCCUUCCUUUAGAGGAAGAACCAGAGGUGGCUGUGUGAAAUGCCAGAAGACAUAUUCUCUGCAGCUGGCCGUCAAAGUGCUCUACGGUUUCUUUGUCUUCCUGAUCAUAGCAGUGGCAGUGCUGGCAUCACUAGUAUUUAGGAAGGUCGACAACUUAUCAGAAGAGGAAUCCUUUUAUCAUAAGAAGAUUACCAAGGUCCAGGAAAGUAUACAAGAUCUCAGCACUACCAGAAACUGCUCUGACUGCUUCGACAUGGCCCACUUCAGCGAGGAGAUCAGUAGGCUGAAGAGGGAGUUUGAGGAUCUCCAGAAAAUGAUCCUGGGACAGGAGCAGGUCCUGGAUCAGGCCUCCCAGACCCAGCAGACCCUGAAGGCAGCCAGAAGCAGGAUGACCCGAGACAUGCAGAACUACUCCCUGUCCAUCAGGCUCAUCAACCAGUCCCUGGAGCGUUACUUAGACCAGGUGGACGGUUGGAAGGCGGUCAUCACCGAGACGGACGAGAGCAUGAAGACUCUGUCUCAGGAUCAGUACGAUCUCAAGGCCACCAUGAAUCAGGUCAAUACCACGGUGGCCCUCAACUCCUUGUGGAUGGACGCCCUGCAGAGGAAGACCAAUGAGGAGACAUUGGUCCUGCAGAAGAUGACGGUGGACUGGCAGAACUACAGCCGGGUAUUGAGCGGUCUGAAGUCCAACUCAAGCACCACCACUCAGACGGUGAGGAGCAUCCAGAGUGGGAUCUCGGCCACGCACCAGAGGAUCAGCAUGAGCUCGGAGAUGGUGCACGACCUCACCCUGCAGGUUAUGAACCUGCAGAUGCAGCUGGACAAUGUCACCUCCUUCAUGGACGAGCAUGAGGAGAACAUGCACGACCUCCAAUACCACUCCAAGUACUACCAGAACCGGACGGGCGAGAGGUUCAUCACCCUGGAUGCUCGCAUGGACUCCAUCGAGAUGGAGAUCGACACCAUCUCAUCCAGCAUCAACGCCACGGUGAGCCACGUGCAGAGCAUGUACAAGUACAUCAACAUCGAGAGCACGUCAUGCCAGACGCGGAUGGGUAGCCACACGGAGGACCUGCAGAACCUGAACAACACGGUGCUGCUACUGAUGCACCUGGCUGUCACCCUGAGGCAGCAGUACAUGCUGCUGAGCGUCCGUCUAGAUGUGGACGCCAGGAACCUGUCCAUGGUCAUGGAGGAGAUGAAGCUAGUGGACACGCACCACACCCAGCUCAUCCAGAACUUCACCAUUCUCAAAGGCGCACCGGGCCUACCUGGUCCAAAGGGGAACAGAGGGGAAGGAGGAGGCAAAGGUCCAGUUGGCCUGACAGGAAACAAAGGAGACAAGGGCCCAGCAGGGAACCGUGGUCCUCUGGGAGAGAAGGGCCCUUUCGGGCCUAAAGGAGCUCAGGGGGAGCCAGGACCAACAGGGGCCAGAGGCGGAGUGGGCGUCAAAGCGGUGAAGGGUUCUCUGGGUCAACCAGGUCCACGUGGCGAGAGAGGCGAGAAGGGAGACAUGGGUACUAUUGGUAAAGAUGGAAUACCAGGUCCCAAAGGGCCACUGGGAAUACAGGGCCAAGCAGGGCUCCCAGGGCUCCACGGGCUGCCUGGCCCAAGAGGAAAGCCCGGGCCUGUUGGUCCACACGGGCCUCCCGGAAUUCCUGGCCAACCAGAUCUGCCUGCUUACCCAGACACGGUGUCUUGAGGGGCCUCUGGUGUCUGAUCACAACAAGGACAGGACGAGCCUCCAUUGGACGUGGGGAAGUACUGGCAGCCUGGCAAAUGGAUGGAGGAUGAUUGAAGAGGAUAGAAUGAAUGGAGCAUGGAAGAGUUCACUCUCAAGCGUUCCCCUUCAUGUUACUCCAUUAUUUUCCUUGGACACUCAAUGGACACACCAUUGAGCCUAUACACACAGCCCAUGUUCAGGUAUGAAGGGGUAUAAAGGAGACAUUGAUAACAAGAUAACAAAAAGACUUGAGUUUCAAAAGAUGCAUUGCAAGUUGUCAGUAUCAUAUACAGCUGAAUGUAUGUUUGAAGGAACCACAGCACUACCCUGGGGGCUUCAUAAAGGUCUAGGUUUACAAUGCCAUGCACUUUCAUGAGGGUAGUUAAAUAACAAUAGAUUUUUACACUAAUUUGUGAAACAUUAACACGUGAAAUUCUAUUCAAUGGCACUUUUGGUUUUAUAAAGUGUAGAAACUACAGUCAUUUGUUACGUGUUUGCUUUGGUAUCUUUGAUGUUUCGGAGCAGGUUCUCUGAACACUGACUGAAGUUGAGAUGAUUCAACAGGUCAUAGAGUGUAAUGGUAAGGGAUGAAUGAAAUUGCUGAAGAACCAAAGGUGUCUGCCUGGGUACACAAUUAUGGAUGUAUUGUAUGUUAGUCAGUAAUUGAACAUUUCCUAAAUGACUUAAAGGGUACGGUUUUGAAAUAUAGAUAUUUUUACAAGAUGUAUUUUUGGUUUUAUGCCAACAAUUUGCCGUGUUACAAUGAAGUGUUUUCAGAUUUUCUAGUGUAGGUAAUAUACAUCAUUUUUGUUGUGUUUCCAUUCAUAUUCAUCUCCGCACAUAAUCAGAGCUGUGUGAUGAUCUGUGUAUUUUGAUAGCAAAUACAAAACAUUAAAAAAGUUCAAAUGAUAAGAGACGCUA